GCCUCCCUCAGUUGCUCGGUGUUUCUUUCCCUGCGAACAGGCAGCGACUCCUCCAACCGGACUUUCUACUCCAGUCUGCCCAGCGCACGAGGAAGUUACACUGGGGCGGAUCGCCUCUUUUCUCGGCCCCCUGAGUAACCCGUGUGAUUUAAACAGCCCAGCGCGUCUUUUCCCCUUUUUAUUUUGAAAACUUGGUCUCGUUUCUGUCCCUUCUCCGUCGGUUUUUGUGCGCGCGGGGGGUCUGAGCCGAUCAUCUGAUCCAUCAAAUAUGUCUCUCCAAUCGAACCAGACGACAACGACGAGGACGUCCUACCGGACGGUGAACGUAGCGUCUCCGGAGCCCAUGACCAGGACGGUGAUCUCCACCAGGCCCGUGUCGCCGGCUCAGGUGACGACGACACAGGUGGCUCAGUUGUCGCCGGUGCCGUACACCAUGAAUGGCUCCUACGAGACGAUGCGCUACCUGGUGCCGGUGCAGCAGACGAUGCCGCAGCAGAACUACAUCGUGGUGCAGCAGCCCAUGGUGCAGCAACCCAUGGUACAGCAGGUGGUGUCCCCGGUGUACCUGCAGAGUCUGCAGGGCGUUCAGGGCAUGCAGCGCCUGAGCGUCAGCAGCCAGGAGUCCGACAUGAUGUACCAGCAGCAGCAGCAUCAGACCGUGGACUGCGUCAGUGGGAUGUCUUCGGUGUUCAGCCAGUCGUCCAGUUCUAACAAGAGCCCUGAGCCGAGCAUUGAGGAAGAGGAGGAGGAGGAAGUGGAAGAAGAGGAGCAAACGGUGGAGGUGGAAGAGGUGGAGAUUGUCAACGUCAUACAGCAGAAGCCACUGCCGGCCAUAGAGAGGAUCUCCAGACGGGAGGUGCAGACCCAACUGAGGGAGAUACCGGAGCCCACAAAGCUGGACACACGCUACUUUGGCGAGCUGCUGGCCGACGUCUACAGGAAGAACCGCGAUAUCCACUCCUACAUUACCGACAAUGUGUCCAAGAUCCGUGGACAGAAGUACCAGCUGGAUUCCUGCGAGUACAAGACGGACAAAGACGAGGUGGAAUCUCUGCUUCCCAAAGGAGCCAGUGAACUGACCAAGCAACAAAUGCGCUACCUGCUGCAGACUCGUCUCACCGCAGACAAGAGCAUGCGUCUGCUGCUGUCCACCUUCAGCAGCCUGAGAGAAGAGCUCCUCCACAUGUCUGAGGACCUGAGGCGUCUGGAGAGUGAGAAGGAGUCUCUGGAGAGAGAUCUGAAUUUCAAAGCGGACCAGGCCCGGCAGUAUGACUCCCUCCUGGAGGCCGUCCGCGAAAACAACAGACAGCUCCAGCUGUCUCUGAAGGAAACCACCACGGCCCAGCGCUCCCUGGAGAACCAGCUGAUGAGCACCAGGAGCAGCGACUCGAGCCGCGAGUUCAAGUUCAAAGAGUUGGAGGGGAGGCUGAGAGCGCUGGAGAAGGAGAACGAGAUGCUCCGACAGAAGCUGGUGGGUCAAGACAGCAGCACCAGCACCAUGCGCAUCAGAACAGAGGACCUGUCGCGCCAGUACAACGACCAGCUCCGAUCAAUAAGGGAAGAAAAAGACGUGGAGAUACAGAGGCUCAGGACCCAGAUAACGAGACUGGAGAUGGAGACCAGCAGUACCCAGUCGUCCUCAGAGAAGAGCCUCCAGCUGAAGAUCUCAGAGCUGCUCAGCAUGUUGGACCAGAGGCAGACCACCAUCAGCCGACAGGAGGAGGAGAUCAGGAGGCUGAUGCAGGAGAAGAACGACAGCUCCAAGAACGUCACCAAAACCAUCAUCACCAAGAGAUACAGGAACCAGUAUCCGAUCCUUGGCCUGCUAAGCGAUGACUACCAGGUCACCUCACCCGUCAAAGAAGCCAAGACCAUCGUCAUCGAGAGGACCGGAGAGAUGAUCAAACAGGUAAAAACCGGAGGGGGGAGAUGAGGGGAUUAUAAAGAGAUCGAAAAUAAAACUACACUCUCCACCGACUGAUGCUCGACAUAUGAGCACGGGUGCAGGAGUCCUUCUUUAUGACAGAUGUUUGGUGAAAUCGACCUCUAUGAGAAGUGAAGUUUCUGAGAGCUGUUGACAGAUUAGUUCUGAAGAAUUCACGGGCAUUGAGGCACCAUGCUAAAUUCUACCUCAGCCGUCCAUUUCAGCAGAUUAGCUUCGGCCAGUCGCACUACAUUCCACAGUAAAGUAGCGAAGGCGGGACCCAGAGGUCAGAGGUCGCAGCGCGGGCCAAGCCUUUCUAACGAUCUAGAAGUACGAAGCAGUAAUUAAAGGGUGUUUAUUUUCUGGAAUUUAUCUCAAUGCUGUUUUUUUUUUAUUAUUUUUUUCCUCUCUUUGAAAAGGGAAUUUGAUUUGUAAUGAGGAAUGUUUACAGUAACCCUUGAGGGGUGAGCUCUCCUCCGGGAAGUUGUGAAUCAUUCAGCUAGUUCCAAUCAAGUGGAAAUAAAAAAAAUGCUGUUACAGCGAUAACAAGAGCAAUCCAGUGUGUUUGCAGGAAAGAAUGUCUGAACAUCGCUUUGAAGAACAGAAACUUUUAUUAACUCUGCACUAACUGAAUUGUGUGUUAUUUGUGUUGAUUUGGUGCCACCUUGUGGAGCAAAGCUGCUGCUGCAGACAGUUUUAUUUGCUGUUCAUCAUGUCGCCUUUACCUUAACAGGGUAGAUGAUGUGGUUUUUCCCUAUUUUUUUUAUUUAUUUUUUCUAUUUUGGGGGUAUUUCUAAUCUUGUUUUACAGUUUGUAUGAAUAUAUCAUGGUUGUGCAUCUUGAAAACUCUGCAGAGAAUUGAUGAGAAGGAAAUGAACAGUUUUUUACAUGGCAUGUUUUUUGCAUGAUGACUGUGUAUUAGCAAACUAUCUGAUUUUUUUUUUGUUUAUGUUUCUUUUUUCCUUUUUUUUCAAAUGAUUUAAACUGAAUUUACUUAUGUUGUACUAAUUGUUGGAUUCAUGUCUUGUGUGCAAAUCAUACAUCACAAAAAAAAAGUGAUAUUAAAGGUGUAUUAACCAACAUAAUAA